AAUGACAAUUAUAUCCUUGAUAAUCAAUUUAAACAAAAAAAAAACUGCAACUUCUGAGCGGAAGGAGAGAGAGAGCUGGACGGAGGAAGCGGAUCGAUUGGUGGAAACGCUCGGCGGUGGAGGCGGGGAAUCCAGAGACGAGUGCGGCGGAGGUAAAAGAAGGAGAGAGGGGAGAAAACAAAAUAACAAAGAAACGUCAGAUGAGUUAUCAUCUAGGCUCUUCUCGUCGGGAUAGAAGUACAUGCCCCUCUCAAAUCCUUUCCUCUCAUCAAAACUAAACCCUAACCCCCCAUAUGGAUUAGUAAACCCAUGGACAAAGAAUUACGUCGUCGUCGAUUUCGGUUCCGGCGUGAGAGACGAUAGAGAUUACGUCGUCGUCGAUAGAGGUAUCAGGGGUAUCGCUCGUCGGAGAGGGUAAGAGCUGAGAGAGGAGUUCAGGGUGGCCGGACGACAUCGUCGUGGAGCUGUGCCAUGAGGAGGUGGAUCUCUUGGUGGAGACGCUCGGGGGAUCCGGAGACGAGUGCGGCAGUAGAGGCAGAUCGCUUGGCGGUGGAGACGGGGCACCCAGAGACGCUUGCGGCGGUGGAGGCGGAGAUCCGAAGAGCUAGGAGAAGAGCUCGGGGUGGGAGACGAUGUCGUGGCGUUGAGGGCUCGGUGUUGUGCUUCAGUGGCGUUGAUGAUGCUUACGCGACAGUAAGGGAUAUAGGGGUGGGUGUAGACGUCGUGGCGGAGCUGGGCGGAGGAGAAGAUGGCGGAGGAAAAGGAAGGAGAGAGGAAGAAAAGAAUGAUUGGUAGAUAAGGGUAUUAGUGUCAUACAAUUUUAAGAACAGUUUCUAAUAGUGUCAAAUGGUAGAUCACUAAUUAGCCAAUAUUGUAUGUGUAUACAAUGCAAAUACACUACAUUUUUCUUAAUCCUACU